CUCACCCUUUCUUUCUCCUCUUAGCGGGACCUCUCCCCUCGCCUGCCUGAAUGCGAUGCUGCACACCAACUCCCGAGGGGACGAGGGCAUUUUCUACAAGGUCCCCGGCAGGAUGGGCGUCUACACCCUGAAGAAGGAUGUCCUGGAUGGGCUGAAAGAGCUAUCGGAGGGGUCCGAGGAGAGCAGCGACGCGCAUUUGGACUCGCCUGUGUCGGAAAACAGCAGCAGCGAGAGGAGCAACAGCGGGCAGAGCAGCAGUAGCAGCAGCAGCAGCAGCAGCGAGAGGAGCAGCCCCAAGGACGGGCGGAAGAGCAGGUGGCGCCGGAAAGGUAGGCCUCCCCAAAGAGACCCCGAGUAG